CUCCCUCCUCGACGUGUUGGACCAACCGGCCGCGAAUCAAAACCUGCGUGCGUGAGCCGAAGCGGAGAUGCGGGCAGAACGGGCAGCGGCAGCGGGGGGGCAGCAAUCAGACACCCGGCACCUCGCACUCACCCGACACCAGGCACCGGGCAUCUCUCGCUCGUGCCUCAGGCGGAGUCCGCGAGCGGCGAAGAGGCGGCGCUGGCGACUGCGCGCGAGGAACUCGAGGAGAGCGAGCGGGGGCCGAGGGCUGCAGCGGGCGAGCUGGCGCUGGCGCGGCUGGCGGAGGCCGAGCUGGCGCGGGAGGCCGCGCUGGCGCGGGAGGAGCUCGGCGCCGCGCGCCGCGAGGCGGCCGAGGCGGAGGCCGUCAGCAGCGGCGCCGCGCGGGAGCUGGCGCUGGCGCGAGAGGGUCUCCAGGCCGCGGGCCUGGAGGCGGCCCGGGCGGAGGCCACGAGCGGCGAGACGUUGGCGCUGGUGCGCGAGGAGCUGCGGGCCGCGAUGUUCGAGGCGUCGCAGGCGGAGGCCACGAGCGGCGAGGAAUUGGCGGCAGCAGCGCGGCAGUGGCGCGAGGAGCUCGCGUUCGUGCGGGAGGAGCUCCGGACAGAGGACGGGGCGGCCCAGGCAGAGUCCGCGUCCAGCGAGGCGCCGUGCGAGGACGCCUCGGGCGUCCAGGCUCAGCUCAAGGACGCCCUGGACGAGCUGGCGGAGGGGAGCACGGAGCUCCUGGUGACGCAACGCAAGUACGAGGCCGCCCUGGAGCGGCUGCCGCAGCUGCAGGAGCUGCGGGAGGCCGCCGCGCGGUCGGCGGAGCUGCGGGAGGAGACCGCCGCGGGCGAGCUGCAGCAGCUGCGCGAAGAACUGGCGCUGGCGCGGGAGGAGGUCCAGACCGCGGGGCUCGAGGCGGCCGAGGCUGAGGCCACGGGCGCUGGCAAGUUGGCGCUGGCGCGGGGGGAGCUCCCGGCAGCGGGCCGCGAGGCUGGCGCGGGCGAGUUGGCGUUGGCGCGGGAGGAGCUCGGCGCCGCGCGCCUCGAGGCGGCCGAGGCGGAGGCGGCGAGCAGCGGCGCCGCGCGAGAGUUGACGCUGGCGCGGGAGGAGCUCGGCGCCGCGCGCCUCGAGGCGGCCGAGGCGGAGGCCGCCAGCAGCGGCGCCGCGCGGGAGCUGGCGCUGGCGCGAGAGGGUCUCCAGGCCGCGGGCCUGGAGGCGGAGGCCACGAGCGGCGAGGAGUUGGCGCUGGUACGGGAGGAGCUCGGCGCCGCGCGCCUCGAGGCGGCGGAGGCGGAGGCCGCCAGCAGCGGCGCCGCGCGGGAGCUGGCGCUGGCGCGAGAGGGUCUCCAGGCCGCGGGCCUGGAGGCGGAGGCCACGAGCGGCGAGGAGUUGGCGCUGGUACGGGAGGAGCUCGGCGCCGCGCGCCUCGAGGCGGAGGCCACGAGCGGCGAGGAGUUGGCGCUGGUACGGGAGGAGCUCGGCGCCGCGCGCCUCGAGGCGGCCGAGGCGGAGGCGGCCAGCAGCGGCGCCGCGCGGGAGCUGGCGCUGGCGCGGGAGGAGCUCAGCGCCGCGCGCCUCGAGGCGGCCGAGUCGGCGGAGGCGCCGUGCGAGGACGCCGCGGGCGUCCAGGCUCAGCUGAGGGAGGCCCUGGACGAGCUGGCGGAGGGGAGCACGGAGCUCCUGGUGACGCAGCGCAAGUACGAGGCCGCCCUGGGGCGGCUGCCGCAGCUGCAGGAGCGGCAGGAGGCCGCGGAGCUGCGCGAGGAGGCCGCCGCGGGGGAACUGCGGCGGUGGCGCGGGGAGCUGGACGAGGCCGAGCGGGGGCGCCGCGACGCCGAGGGCGAGCUGCGGCGGUGGCGCGCGGAGCAGGGCCGCCGGGCCUCGGAGGAGCGCCUGGCGAGGGCCGAGGCCGAGGCUGCGCACGCGCGGGCGCUGGGGGACGCGGCGGAAGCGCGCGAGGAGCAGACGCGGAGGUAUGCGGCGGCGCUUCGGGAGUUCAGGCGCUCGCAGGCCGAGAUGGUGGAGGUGCCGCGCUAUGUCAGCCUUGCGGCGCUCGCGGCGGACACCUUCCGCGCCGGCCGUGGGGAGAGGGGUGGCCUCUGCCCGAUGCCCUGCCUGAACGGCGCCGGGGCGCCGCACGCAGUCGACGGGGACGCUCGCACGCGGGAGGCCAACUCCACGACGGGAGACACGGCGCCGCAGCCGGGGGCCGCCGCGGAGGAGAGGGCGCGACGGGCGGCGCCCCAGAGGCGCAGGCUGGCGCGCAGUCCGAGGGCGACGCCGUGGCAGCGAACGUCACCGCGACAGGGCCCGCCCCCGGAGAGCCCGAGGCGCUGCCGCUGCUCGACGCAGACGGCCAGGCGCCCGGCCCCGAGCAGCCCGCGGCCGACGCGCAGCCGCCGCCGCUCGCGGAGGCCACCCCAGCAGCGGCGGCGGUGGCCGGCGUCUCGGAGGAGCCGCUGCCGCUGCUGGCGGAGGACGCCGGGCCGGCGCCGCAGCAGGAGCUCGACGGAGGCUGCCACGGCGGAGGCCAACUCCGGUGCCGCGUGAGACUUGGCGCACGGCGCGCCCGCAGCUGCGCGUCCUGCGCGCCACUUCUUCCCUCGUUUUGGAUCGGCGGGCCUCCCAGCUUGAAUGGCACUCCCGGCCCGCCAGAUCGGGA